UCGCCUUCCCAGGCCACACCUCGAGUCCUCGACUCGAUCCACCCAUGGCAGGCUCCGGCGCCAUCGACGACGAGGUCGUCUUCGAGAUAGCGCAGUGCAUCCGCGUCUACAAGAGCGGCCGCGUGGAGCGCUACUUCGGCUCCGACCCCGUCCCGGCCUCCACGGACGCCGCCACGGGCGUCACCUCCAAGGACCGCGCCAUCUCCCCCGACGUCGCCGUCCGCCUCUACCUCCCUCCGGCAGCCAACCCGACCGAGGACGACGGUGGAAGCAUCAAGAAGCUCCCAAUCCUCGUCUACUUCCACGGCGGCGGCUUCUGCCUCCACACCGCGUUCAACUUCGUCUUCCACGCGUACCUCACCUCCCUCGCCGCGCGGACCCGCGCCAUCGUCGUCUCCGUCGAGUACCGCCUGGCGCCCGAGCACCCGCUCCCGGCCGCCUACGACGACUCCUGGCGGGCGCUGCGCUGGGUGGCCUCCCACGCCACCGGGUCCGGCGAGGAGCCCUGGCUCACCGACCACGGCGACUUCUCCCGCCUGUGCGUCGGCGGCGAGAGCGCUGGCGCCAACAUCGCGCACCACAUGGCGAUGCGCGCCGGCGCCGAACCCCUCCCCGACGGCGCCCGGAUCAACGGCGCCGUCGUGGUCCACCCUUACUUCCUGGGCGCCGUCAGGGUGGCGUCGGAGGAGACCGACCCCGCGAUGGCCCGAAGCGUGGUGACCAUGUGGCGCGUGGUGUGCCCGGGCUCCGCGGGCGUCGACGACCCCUGGAUCAACCCGCUGGCGGCCGCCGCGCCGGGGCUGCGGGGGCUCGCGUGCGGGCGCGUGCUCGUGUGUCUCGCGGAGAAGGACGUGGUCCGCGACCGCGGCCGCGCGUACGCCGAGGGGCUCGGGGCCAGCGGGUGGGCCGGGAAGGUGGAGGUGCUCGAGGUGGCCGGGCAGGGCCACUGCUUCCACCUCGUUGACUUCGCGUGCGCCGACGCCGUCAAGCAGGACGACGCCAUUGCCAGAUUUGUUAACCUGUAAAAUCCUCACGUGUGCUAUACAUUGCAUUUGCGCACAAUGUUUGUGUAUCCUCUAUGAUUUGCAGUGGAUUUGCCUGAAAACCUGCAGGCGAAUUCAUAUUGUUAUCGUUUGCUUAUACAGUUACGUUUUGGAAAUUUGAUUGUUGCUGAUACAUUGGGAGGAGAUUUUUCGAUCA